CCCCCACUCAGCUAGAGGAUAGAGGCACUAGUACACUAUAGCCUCGUCUCCAUCAAGCAACGGGAGGCGUCGUCUCGUUUCCCCGCCUGCCUCUCUCUCUGUUCCAAUUCCAAUCCAUCAGUUUCUUUCCUUCCUCCUGCUCCGGCGCAGUUUCUCCUCGACCUCGGUAUAAUUACCUGGCACUCACUCCACUACCCCCACUCCGGAGGAGGAGCUGAACCGCCCGCCGCCAGAUUCGCACCUAUAUAUAUAUACAGAGAGUCAGAGACACGAGUGACAGAGAGAGUACCUGGCCAGCGAGCUCGUCACGUACGUACGUGGCAGGUCGAGCAGUUGCGCACUCGUCUCAAUGGUGGUGGUGGUGUCAGCGGCGGCAGCGGAGGAGGAGGAGGAGGACGUGACGGUGCGCGAGUUCGACGGCGCCAGCGACCACGACCGCGCCGCCGUGGAGCGCCUGGAGCGCGCCUGCGAGGUCGGCCCCAGCGCCGGCAAGCUCUGCCUCUUCACCGACCUCCUCGGCGACCCGCUGUGCCGCGUCCGGCACUCCCCGGCCUUCCUCAUGCUCGUUGCCGAGUCCGGCGCGGGCGGCGAGGUCGUGGGCGUGGUGCGCGGGUGCGUGAAGACCGUGGCGUGCGGGCGGCGCGGGCGGGACGACGAGCUCGAGCUCUUCUCCAAGGUGGGCUACCUGCUGGGCCUGCGCGUGUCGCCGGCUCACCGGCGCCGCGGCGUGGCGCGCGCGCUGGUGGCGCGGAUGGAGGAGUGGUUCCGGCAGGCGGGCGCGGAGUACGCGUACGUGGCGACGGACCGCGCCAACGAGCCCUCGGUGCGGCUCUUCACCUCCCGCUGCGGGUACGCCAAGUUCCGCGCCCCGUCCGUGCUGGCGCACCCGGUGUUCCGGCACGACCUGGCCCCGCCGCGCCGCGCCGCGGUGGUCCGGCUGUGCCCCCGCGACGCCGAGCUGCUCUACCGCGCGCGGUUCGCGGGCGUGGAGUUCUUCCCGCGCGACAUCGACGCCGUGCUGCGCAACCCGCUGUCGCUCGGCACGUUCCUGGCGGUCCCGGACGCGCGCGCGUGGCCCGGCGGCGGCGGCGCCGGCGCCGAGCCGUUCCUGGCGUCGCCGCCGGCGUCGUGGGCGGUGUGCAGCGUGUGGAACUGCAAGGACGCGUUCCGGCUCGAGGUGCGCGGGGCGCCGCGGCUGUGGCGGGCGGCGGCGCGCGCCUCGCGCGCCGCCGACCGCGCGCUGUCGCCGUGGCUCGCCCGCGUGCCGUCCGUGCCCGACCUGUUCCGGCCCUUCGGCAUCCACUUCCUGUACGGGCUGGGCGGCGCCGGGCCCGACGCGCCGCGGCUGGCCACCGCGCUCUGCCGCCACGCGCACAACGCGGCGCGGCGCGCCGGCGCGCGCGUCGUGGCCACCGAGCUGGCCGCCUGCGACCCGCUCCGCGCCGGCGUGCCGCACUGGGCGCGGCUCGGCGCCGAGGACCUCUGGUGCAUCAAGCGCCUCGCGGACGGGUACGGCGACGGCGCGCUCGGCGACUGGACCAAGGCGCCCCCCGGCGCCUCCAUCUUCGUGGACCCGAGGGAGUUUUAGGCAGUUUUUUUUCUCCCUCCAUGGAGGGAUGUACAUACAGGAUCCAAAAAAGAGGGCGGGUAGCUUAAUUUAGAGGAAAUGAGAUUAAUUUAGAGUUUGAGUGUGCUGUUACAGUAACGCUUUUACAUCACAUCAAUGGACAAGUUGCAAGCAAAUCUUGUUUUAUUUGCACCAUCUCGAAUGGAUUCAGGAUC